CUUGAGUACUGAUAGUAUACUAGUAUGUAACAUCCGGACGGACGUUGGAGUCUUGUUAUCCACACACAGGUUACUGAUAUAAUUGUUAGCGAAAUCGAAAGUGUGGGACAAACGGAAAAAAAUGACAGAAGGAGGUGGAUAUAACAAUUCAGUACAUGGCUCCGAUGCAGACUUUGAGUACUCGUGCACACCGUGCGGUGAAGAAGGCAACGAUGAAAAAGCGUUGAAGUACUGUCCGGAGUGUAAAGAGUAUCUCUGUGCAGCGUGUAUAAAAUGUCAUCUUAAAUUUUCUGCAACGAAGAAACACACGCUACAUGACAAAGAAUACAAACAUUGUGAGGGAGAUUCAGUUGAGACCAUAUCGGAUAAGGAAAACAUGUUGAAAUGUCCUUACCAUUCAGACAGGGAUAUCGAAAUUUAUUGUGGUGAUCAUGACAUGGUGUACUGUGCUCUAUGUGUUGCUAAGGAUCAUAGGCAAUGCACAGGAAUACUAGAACUUAAAGAAGCAGCUAAAAGGAUUUCUAUCGACAACGAAGACAUCAUACUGAGUAAAGUCGACUCUUUGCAAGCUGAAAUACAGGUAACAAGAGAGAAGAAAAAAGAAAAUCUGAUUACACUAGAUAAGGAAAAGAAUGAAAUUUUAAAAACCAUUACAGACACGGAAAGUUUGAUGAUUGACAAAGUCAAAGAACUAGCGUUUGGUGCACAAGCAAAAGCUUGCACUACAUAUAAUGGUUUAAAGGAAGAAUUGCAAGAAGAAUAUUCUGUUCUUUUGCAAGCUUUUACUGAUACUAAUGAAUUAAGAAGUAAAGUUAAAACCAAGGUGGACCUAGAUGAAAAGCGACAAUUUGCAAGACACAUUCUGCAAAAACAUAGUAUGGCCCAACUAGAGAAUAAGCACGAUAGCGUAGAAAAAGAUGAAAAGAAAUAA